CUGGGUCCAGUCGGCACACCCCAGACAAAAGUCACUUCCCUUGUUAACAGACUGAGAGUGGCAUCCGAAGACUCUGGACUGUCCACAUGCACAGUUGGUCUGUGGAUUGAUGCCUGGAGCCGUUAUGAAAAUGAGCACAAUAACGGUACAGCCCACUUUCUGGAACACAUGGUGUUCAAGGGCACCAGGAAGAGAUCACAGCUUGCCCUUGAGCUUGAGAUCGAGAAUAUGGGAGCUUACCUGAAUGCUUACAACUCCAGAGAGCAGACUGUAUACUAUGCUAAAGCGUUUACUUAAGAUCUACCCAGAGGUGACAUCCAAACACAACCCUCUUUACCCUCAUGACCAGAAGGGCAUUUUAGAUGUUCUAUAAGUUCUCUGUGUCUCCCCGUCUCCACCGGUGGAAAUUCUUGCCGACAUCAUUCAAAACAGCAUGCUGGGAUAGGCGGAAAUAGAGCAGGAGCGUGGAGUCAUCCUCAGAGAGGUGCAGGAAGUGGAGACAAACCUGCAGGAAGUUGUCUUUGAUUACCUGCAUGCUACAGCCUAUCAGGAGAACCAUCCUGGAACAUCAAGUGUGUGAAUCCUAACAGGGAUUAAAAAUGGUUCAAGGAACGAAAACCAAAACCGAAUGUAUAUUCUUACAGAACGUACCCCAAAACAGGAAUUAAAUCUCUUUCAAAUGUUUUACAGUAAAAACAAUUUUUUUAAACAGGCACAAAAAAAAAACAAAAAAAAAAGUUCAAGGAACGAAAACCAAAAACAAAUGUAUUUUUCUGCAAAAUGUAACAGAAAACGGGAACGAAAUCCCUUUCAAUUGUUCCAGAGUAAAAACAUUUUUAAACAGGAACAAAAAACAGUUCAAGGAACGAAAACCAAAAACCAAUAGAUUUUUUUGCAGAAUGUAAAGGAAAACAGGAACGAAAUCCCUUUCAAUUCUUCCAGAGUAAAAACAUUAUUUUUUUAAUCAGGGACUAAAAAAAACAAUUCAUGGAACGAAAACCAAAAACGAAUGUAUUUUUCUGCAAAAUGUAACAGAAAACGGGAACGAAAUCCCUUAAACUGUUCCAGAGUAAAAACAUUAUUUUUAAACAGGGACAAUAAACAA